GUCGCAUCAAUUUGGCGUCAACGACACGCACCGCGUUGUCAAUACUGCAUGAGUUUCACCUUGUUGUCAAUGUGCCUGCACGCGCAGAUAAAGCUGACCCGACGUGAACGACGUUGAGUAGGCUCAACAUGCCCAAAUAUUGUUCGGUGCCAAACUGUAAGAAUGACUCGGCGAGCGGCAGCGACCGAAAAAGCUUCUACAAGUUCCCGCUGCAGGAUCCUGAGCGGCUGCAGCAAUGGCUGAGGAACAUCGGCCGGGACAACUGGAUCCCCUCUCGGCACCAGUACAUCUGCCAUGAGCACUUUGCGUCAUCAUGCUUCAAGGUACGCUGGGGGAUUCGCUACCUGGAGAGCGACGCUGUGCCUACAGUUUUCCGGAGGGUCGAGAAACGCAAAGUGAUGGCUGAGAAGGAGAAGAAAGCCAAAGUGCUUCGCAGGGAAGCCGUCUUGGUUGAGGACCCCAGCCUAUGGGCUGCGGUGGGCGGGUCAAAAGUGGCUGCUGACCUCCCUUACCUACCUACGCUACCUGCCAUACCUCCCUUACUGCAGCCAAUGGAUGGGCACCAUGACGGCGAGCUGCUUCUGCUGCCCGGCGAUUGCCAAGAGGAGCUGGCGGGCACCUUUCUCACCUGCCCCCUUAGGCUUGGGGUCCAAGAGAUGCCCGCGGAGGAGUCGUGCCAAACUCAGGUCAUAGCCUACUUGGAGUCCAUACCGAAUGAUCUCCCUGGCCACGUGGUGGUCUCCUCGGACACCGUGCUAUCAUCCGCUCUUAGCCCCGAACCCAUCGCUUCCACAUUGCCUAUUGUCUCCAAACACGCACCACGGCCGCCACCAUCGAUGCCACUCCUGCUUGAGGUGGACGGAGGCUACAACCAGCAGGAUGAUGAUGACUAUGAUGUAGAGAGCCAGGACCACCAACUGGAGGAGCACUGCUACCACAAGCACCGUCUGAGUAAGGAGCAGCUGGAGGCACUCGUGGCUGAGCUGCAGAAGAAGGUGAAGGUCCUGCAGCAGAGGCACCGGCGCCACCUGGACAAGCUGCUGGGCCUGGAGAAUGCCGUCAGUCAGCUGAUGCAGAAAAACCUCAUGACUGAAGAGCGACUGCAGCUUCUAGAGAGGGCGGAGAUCCAGAGUAGCGCCAGCGUGUGCGACACAGGCGAAACUGUGGCCAUCAUCUAUGAGGAGGACGAAGCAGCCUAUUUCUAUACUCUCAGUGAUGGCGAAGAGAAACUUUGAAGGUCACAUCUGAGUGCCACUUUCUGUUUGUUUGUUUUGUUCCUUUACUCACAAAUCGUGGUUUAUUCUGAUUUUGGGGGACUGUUCUCAAUGGGUCUUUUUUUUUAAGUUAGUUUUUUUUCUCAAUUUUUCGAUUUCACCCUUUUUAAUUUCCCACAACCACUUUUUCCUCUCACCUAUUUAAGUGUCUUUGUCAUAACAUAAAUUGAAUUAAAACUUUCAUUCAC